AUGGCUCAAAAGAUGACAAAGAGGUUUAGUCUAAGCAGUUCUAUUAAUAAAAAAGCUGUUGAAUUGUUACAAAAAUAUAAAGAUGAUUCAUCAGAAAAUUCUAUGCUUGAAAAUAUCGGCAAUAGCUCGUUAACACCAACACCAACAAUCAUAUUUAAUGAAUUAAGAGUAAUGAUACAAAUUGGGGAAAGUGGAAAAAAUAAGUUCGCACCUGUAUAUUUAGCUAGAUGGACGCGUAGUACUAUAAAUAGAUAUGUAAUACUUCAUGAGCUAAAAAAUAAAGAUUGCUAUAAUAAACUUUUGAAAGAGAAUAGCCUUGAACAUUAUUAUGAAAAUGAUAUGUCUGAAGCUGAUGAAGAACUUCAAAAGGCAAAUG